CACAGAAAGAGAGAGAGAGAGAGAGAGUGAGACAAACACACACACACACAUAGAGAAAGAGAGAAGUGAGAAAAGGGAAAGGAAAUAGCCAGAAAGAGACUUGUUUGUGGACUAUGAGAGGCACCUCAUAAAUUCUUUAAGGCAGUCUGGACUUGAGCCUCACUUUUGUUAAAUUAAAAAAUAAAGUCAACAAAAACAAAAGGAGCCAAAAAGAGAGAGAGGGGCCACAAGGAGAAGAAAUGAAGGACUUGGUGCAGUCCGUAGACAUGGGUGUCUCUCAGUGGAAAGGAGUCAAUGUAACUCGAUCCAAAGGCUGGCUAAAGAAUGAAUUUGUUCGGGUGGGACUUGCUGAACUUCUUUGCACAUAUAUCAUGAUGGUGUUUGGGCUGGGGUCUGUAGCCCAGGUAGUGACAGGGCAGGGAGCGUUUGGAGAGUACCUCAGCAUCAACCUGGGCUUUGGACUGGGUGUUGCUUUGGGGGUUCAUGUUGGAGGGAAGGUCUCAGGAGCUCAUAUGAACGGAGCAGUGUCAUUCACAAUGUGCGCAUUUGGCCGCCUUGCAUGGAAAAUGCUGCCCCUCUAUGUCUUUGCACAGCUUUUGGGGUCCUUUCUGGCAGCGGGGACAAUUUAUGGUGUAUACUACGAUGCCAUAUAUGAUUAUUGUGGAGGAAAUCUGACUGUAAAUGGUGUACGGGCCACAGCUGGUAUCUUUGCCACCUAUCCAGCACCAUAUCUCUCCUUGCUGGGUGGAUUCAUUGACCAGGUGUUUGGCACAGCUAUGCUGCUGCUGUGUCUGAUUGCACUGUCCGACCAGAGGAACAAACCGGCCGCAGCAGGCAGUGAGCCUGUCACAGUGGGUCUCCUGGUGCUGCUCAUUGGCAUUUCUCUAGGCAGCAACAGUGGCUACGCUAUCAACCCGACCAGAGACAUCGCACCCAGAGUCUUCACUGCCAUCGCAGGCUGGGGGCCUGAUGUGUUCAGGGCUGGCAAUGGGUGGUGGUGGGUGCCUCUAGUUGCCCCCCCUAUUGGAGGUGUACUGGGUGCAGGGUUAUACAAGGCCUUAGUGGAACUGCACCACCCUCUCCUCCCUGAACAGGAUGAAGGGGAGAUGGAGGAGCUGAAAGAGGAGACUGUCCCUCUGGAAAAACAGAAAAACAUCUGUGCUGAUGUGUGUGUAUGAGAUCAUCACCUCUCUGUGUAGCUUGUAAAGCUUCGUUGAUAUUUGUGUGCAGCUGAAACAUUCCACGAUGAAGAAGGAUUUUAAAAAAUAGAGCAAAAACACAUUUCUAAAAUGAGGGAUGGCAGGACCUUCAUAAAAAACAGAGCAUGACUCAAAGAGGUUUUGGAUAUACCAAGCAAUUUUAAAAUGAAGAGUCUGUUUUACUUAAUUAAUUUCAUCAUUAAUCUUAGUUACUCAACUAAAUUUCAUGUAAUUGAGAGUGACUGCAAUACACAUAAAAUAUACACUAUUCGACCUAUGGCACAUUCUGUGUAAAAGAUUGAAAAGUAAAGUAGAGCUGUUUUUAUGCUUGGAAGGUAAAGAAACUGCACGCACUUAUGUUUUAUGUUUAUAUCAUUGAGACAGCAGCUGAUAUAACCUCGGAAGACAGAAUAAGUUUCAUUAUUAUAACAGUCAAUGAAGGCCCACUUACACAAGCUUAGAAAGUACAGUGAAGAUAAAAAAGAGCCCCUAUACAUUGCAUUUAUAUAUCUUUUUAAAAAAGAAACCAUAGGAGUUGGCUCCUCACUGCUGUUGAUGGCAGCAGCACAUCCAAACAUAAUAUACAUGCUCAUCUCAUGCUCAUAUACUACAGCACACAGCAGCCUGGAGCCAAAAAAGUAUAUAUGAAUCUUAAUGCUGGAGCUCUAAAACAAACAACUAAGCAAAGAUGUCUUAUCAAAUCUGCUUAGUCACAUGCUUCUGGCAUCAGGUGCUCAAACUGAAUACAUAUUAUAUGUCAUAUCCAUUAAUGUGAAAUCAUAAGAGAGGAUUUAAUUACAGGAAGGCUCAGUAGGCCUAUUUUUUUGUUUACAUAGAAGCACAGUAUCAUUGAGGCACUGCAGUGACACAAUGGCCAGUGAGUGCCAGAUUACUGAAGCCUCAAUGAUGGUAGAUUACAGUUAUUGAUAAUGUAACAUGGAGUAAGGUAUUUUUAGGGUAAAUUUGCAUACACUUGACGCACUAAGUCUGUCCAGUGCAUAUGUCUGCUGAAGCUCUGUAUCUCGUCUCACAAUAACAGCAAUUUUCAGUGAAUCGUGUGAUUCAUAAAAGCACCUUUACUUUCAAAAUGGAACCAACACAGUAUUAUUUUCCUGUUUCCUUCAAUUUUGCAGUCACAUAAACAUAAAGGGAUAUGUUAUUUACUUAUUUUCAAACUUAACUUAUAAUUGUAUAUAUUAAUGUUGUAUAAUACAUCCAAAAAUGAAAUAUUUACAACAGCAAACAAAGCCUACUGAUAUGACUAGAGUGCCAAAAGAGUCCUCACUGGUUACAGUGGUGGUACAAUUUGCUAUUAUGUGUUAGUAUUGUUUGUGCAAUGGCAGCAGCCAGUGAUUCUUUGUUGGCUGCUUUAUAUGUUUACCAGAAGGUGUCACUACUGAACAGUGUUAAAUAAGGUUACAAAGGACGUAUCUAUUGGUGAUGUAUUUGGCGUAAGCCAUGU